GUCAUGGUCACUAUAAUAUUCCUCCUGGCGUGGAGAUUCAAGCCAUCUUCUUGAUGAUACCGAUCAGCAGCGUAGCGUCCGCCUAGCCUCCUGACUUGAAGGCGCAGCGUGACAUUCUUCGAUCGCUCGUCUUUCAUCGGCGCAGGGGCAUAUUUCGGACAGCAAGAGAAGAAGGAGCGAACUCUUGUGCGAGGCGAGGAUGGAGGUCGAGCAGCAGCCGGUCGGCGACCCCGCCGGCGCCGCGGGCGGCACGGCGCCGGCCUUCGACGCCUUCCUGCAGACGGGUCGCACGGGGCGUCGUAACGCCCUCCCCGACAUCCUCGAGGAGGGCGCCACUAACGUCAGCACCGCGUCCCUGCCUUGCUCCUUCCAGAAGCUCUCGUGCAGUGACCCGUCGGCAAACGCCAACGCCGCAGACUCCUCAACGGACAAGCCAUCGACGUCGGAGGGUCCACCCAAGUCCUAGUGUGCCUGCCCCUCGAACACAGGAACUAAGGUGUCUGUGUUGGUGAAAACGGUGUUCCCCGAGGACUGGCCCUCCGAACAGGGCAUGCUUCAAGAAGUCCCCCAGCCGCACACACAUGGCAGGGCGGCCAUCGGCGAAAUUCUCAUUGGCACGGAUUGCUGGUAGUGUCGCUGUUAUGCGCUUAAUGUUUGCUCUGCACUCCAGGUACGAUAUGCCCGUUUGAAGCAGCGCGGCUCGAAAGAAAGAAAGAAAAAAAAAAAAAAAGAACAGUAUCUGGACAAAGUGAACCACGCAGUGGCUAUUUCUUGAUGUCUCAUCAAUGGCAGUGUACGCGUAAGGAUCCGAAUAACAUUCCUGAAAAUGGGACUCUGCAAAAAAAAAAAAAAAAAAAAAAACAGACCUGGAUUUGGCAACUGGGCAAAUCUUCGGACACCCGUGUUUGUGCAUCUAGUUCAUAAAUUCUAAACUUGGAAUUAUGGAUAAAAAGACAGAAAUUAUGUGCACCCCCAUAUGUGCACAGUAAAAUAUGGCAGCGUGUUGGGCAUACGUACUGAAGUGUUCGAUGUGCACCCACUUUACUUUGUUAGGUGCAGCGUGCUCCGUUCUGAUCGUUUUCUCGUUUCUAAACGACUCAUGUGUGCUGCCUUUCUUUUUUUUUUUUCUUUUUUUUUUUGUGUUACCAUCGUCUACGUGUAGCUCUCACUAAUUCGUGCAAGUUUCCACGUAAUGCACCAUCCUUAAAGUUCCUCUUUUCCUCAACACGCAGUCAUGGCAAGGCAGCUUGACACAUCGCACACUUGCCACGGAGUGAGCCCUUCGUUAAUGCACUUUUAUAUUUAUUUAUUUACUCGUUGUUCGUAACUGAAUGUCGUCAGUAAGCUUACCAGUGCGAGCUCUUUGAUUCGGCUAUAGGCUUUCGGGUCGCACGGCUCCGCCCCUGCACCGCAGCGCGUGUGCAACUCCGAAUCAUGUUUACUGAUCCCGAUUCGGUAACGCCUGCGGCAAGGCUUAUUUUUAUUUUAGUAACUGGAGUUACGCGUAAUUACAAAAAAAAAAACAGCCUGUUACGCAUGGUGUAUGUGUACUCGUCCGAACUGUUCUCGUGAUGUUUUUCGCGAAUGCGCGUGAUCGCGAACCCAAAUCGCGAUGUUUUGUGGCAUUAGUGAUACGUGACCGACUUUCCUUUAAUGGCGGACGUGUUGCGCGGGCGGGGGAAGUGCCAGAAAAGCGAGGCGAAAAGAAAAAAGGAAAGAAACGCUCGCUUUGAGGUGCUCUUCGUCUACAGAGCUUGUUGAAGGUUCUGGUUGUGUUUUGUACACAGAGAAACGAGAGAAAUAAACUUUUCAGUCAAUA